AUGGGCGGGCAAGAAAUAGGAACGGGCUAAAGAGGUUAAAGAACUUGGAGCUGGCACAACCGGGUCAGGCAUAGGAGAAGAUGGAAAAGGAGGUGUUGCAGUUGGAUCCGGACUCGGUUCUGGAUAAUAAGGAUUAUAAGCAGGCAAGGCGGGGGCUAGAUAUAGGUGCAGAUUCAGUGGGUGGGUAUGAGCUCGGAGCUAGCACAACCGAAUUGGGCAUAGAAGGAGAAGGUGGCGAAAUAGGAACUACAUCCGGACCCGGUGCCAGCACUUCCGGACCAGGAAAAUAAGCAGGAAGAGGCGGGCGAUAUAUGGGCGUGAAUUCAGAAGCGGGUGGGUAAGAACUGAGUUGACGCCACCGGGUAAGUUAUAGGGGAGCGAAGGCGGGUAAACGGGCACUGAAUCCGAAACUGGAUUUGGACUCGGGCUAUAAGAAGGGGAAACGGGUAAUUGUGGUGGAAAAUCUGGGGCUGGCCCCAGGAGAAUAUGGGCUGGUUGCUGCAGAAUUCUUCACUGUUGCAAAAGUGACAAGGAGAAAUGGAAGGGACAUGUAAGUUAGGGAAGCCAUAGUCGAGGUACUUCCUGGGGUGGAUUUGAGCUGGAGAUGUUAUAAUUUAUAUGUUUCAGAAACUAUGAAAACAUCGAUGUUCUGUAUUUGGGUUUGGACUUUGGAUGGUACGGUCCUCUGUUUUGUUAAUGGAAGAUGGUCUUCGAAAAUGGAUAGUGCGGAUCGAGGAAGAGAAACCAGAGAGAUCGAAAUGCAUGCAGCCAAAUGCAGACUUCAUUGUUAUGAUCUAAAACAUAGAGAAAAUAGAAAAAUCACAAAGCA